GUACAGUGUUAUCACGUAUGUGUGGUUUCGUUAGUGUAGUCUCUUCCUUGUGGGGUCAGACGUUGUCGAUACCCUGUACUUGACAGUACGCAAAUGUAAAUGUAAUGACUAGGGCAGCAAACUGUUUAUCACAAGUCAGAGUUGCGAAGAAGAGUACGGGGCCUAGAUGGGAAAGGACAUAAGUCAGUCUGUGUGACGUGAUGGUGGACGCUGCACUGCUCAGUGCUUCGCACCAUUGAUGACUUCACAUACGGGACAUGAAGCAGACAGAAUGGACAGUGAAGGUCUACUUCGUGCAUCACGCGAAGGAGACGAAGCUAAAGUGAAGGAUAUACUAGAGAAUGGUAAACAAGUGGACGUCAACUUCACAGGAAGUUCGAACUGGAACAGAGACUGGUCCGCCUUACAUUUGGCCUCCUACUUUGGGCACUUGGGUGUCGUUAGAAUUUUGCUGGAGCAUGGAGCUAAUGUUGACAUAUUGAAUGGAAUGGGUGACACUGCAUUACAUAAAGCAUCAUUGACAGGAAGAGAGGAUGUAGCAAGUCUGCUGCUACAGCACGAUGCAGACGCACAUCUAAUUAAUUCUGAAGGUUACGAACCUCAUCAUCUUGCUCAGGCAAACUCAGUCAAGGUGUUGCUUGAAGCGGCGGCAAAACUGCAUGAGAAACGCAUCGAGGAAGAGUUACUGAAUGCAGCAAGAGACGGGGAUGUGGAUAAAAUCAACUCCUUGCUGAAAGGACCAUAUCCACCUCAAAUAAACUGCACAGACGGAGCCGGGAACACACCACUACACAAUGCAGCAUAUAGAAGUCAUCUAACUGUAGUCAUCGUUUUGCUUCAACAUGGUGUUGACAUUACUAUUAAGAAUAAUAGAGGUCACACUGCAAAUGAACUUGCUCAUAGCAUUGAGGUAAAGAAGUUGCUUGGUGUGAGACCAGCCAAGGAAAUUCGGCAACAUGCGACAAAGUUUGAGGGCCAACUGCUGAAGAAUAGAGUCUUUUUUGGAUUCAAACCUGUGUGGGUUGUGUUGGAACACGGUGCUUUGCUGGUGUACUCUACAAAGAAAUCUGGAGAGCGACGAUUAGUUGCAUUGAAACAUCUGGCUGAGUCACAGAUAUGUUCUAAGGUAGACGAUCCAUACUCUUUUAUGGUGCAAUUUCGAGAUCGCAGUGUGUUUCUUUUCAAAGUUUUGUCAGACGCAGCCUAUGAGAUUGAGAGACAGAGGUGGAUCAACUCAUUGAAAGAUCAUCGAGACUACACUAGUAUUGACCUGCACACUUCAAGUAGACCUGACAUUGAAACAAUUGGGAACCUUGAAGCCAACCUAAGGAAAGCGGAGGCUCAACAACAAGUAUUAGAGCAGAAAUUGGACGCAGCAAGAUCUUUACUGGAACAACUGUCAUCAGAGAAUAGUAGAUCCAAGGCAACAAAUCUUGCUGCAGCUGCUGUAUAUACAGAGAAAUUCAGUGAGAUCUCACAAGUUGCAUCAGACUUGACUGUUGCCUUAGGACAUUGUGUUGGACUCGUGGCAGUACAAGAGGAGAUAUACAGAAUAGGAGCAGAACACGAGGCUGAAGAAAAGCGAGUGCUGGAGGAGUCUGUCCACGCUCUUGCUCUUCAGAACGAAUCAUUAAAAGAAAGUGUGGCUAUGAUGGAAGGAAAAGGCGUUGAACGGUUCGAGGAGUCCGGCUCUGAUUCGGACGAGUUCUUUGACACGCGGUCGGAGUUUAGCCGAUCUCAGUCGAGGAGGAGUUCAUCUACUCCGUUUGAUAAGCCAUUUCUUGAUUGCGAGACAAGUUUGUCGUCAACCGCAUCAUGCUAUAGGACCAUCUUGCCUGCUGUCAUGCCAUCGGCGAAUAUCAGUUUGUGGAUGGUUAUAAAGCAUUGUAUUGGACGGGAUAUGUCACGAAUUACUCUUCCAGUGUUUGUGAACGAGCCGCUUUCGUUUCUUCAACGAACUGCCGAAGCGUUAGAGUAUUGUUACUUGAUUGACAAAGCCGUGGCGUGCGAUUGCCCAUUGGAACGAAUGAAGCAUGUUGCUGCAUUUGUUGUGUCGACUCUUGUAUGUUGCCACGAACGAACAUGGAAACCGUUCAAUCCGCUACUGGGCGAGACGUACGAGCUGACGAGAAACGAUAUGGGCUUUAGGAUGGUCCUUGAACAGGUAAGCCAUCAUCCACCAAUCACUGCCAUACACUGCGAGAGCCAGGAGUAUACUCUUCAUGCAUUUGUACAAGCUAGAAUCCAGAUGACGGCCCAUGGUCUAAACGUCACUUCACAAGGGUUUACAACACUACACCUACUUAAGUAUGAUGAGGUCUAUAUGUGGGAGUUUCCUGACGCUGUAGUUCAUAAUUUGAUUAUUGGAAAGAUGUGGGUUGAGAGAAUGGGAGUGAUAGAAGUGAAGAACGUGACUAGAGGCCAUCGAGCUGUGUUGGACUUUAAAAAGAGUGGCUGGUUUAACAAGCACAUCCACAACGUAGAGGGUCUCAUCCAGUCACCAGAGAAGGAGACUAAGUCUCGAUUGGAAGGAAAAUGGACAGAAGAGAUACGUUGUAUUGCAGUACCCGCCGAUGACGGUAGUUCUGCGACAACACAGAAGAAAGACGGUGACGGUGUGGAGGAAAGAGAUGAUGCGAGUGAGUGCAAUGUUAUCUGGCGAGUGGAACCGAGGCCUGAGAAAGCCAGCGAGAUGUACAACAUGUCGAAGUUUGCUAUGAGUCUGAAUGAGUUGACUGAGGAGAACGGGCCGAUGCUGGCUCCGACUGAUUCGCGAUUGCGACCGGACAUUCGUUUGAUGGAAGAUGGUGACAUAAAAAGCGCCGGUGAUGAGAAACACAGACUGGAAGAGAAGCAGCGGGCUGCAAGAAGGAAGCGACACGACGCCAAGGAGGAAUGGGUUCCACGUUGGUUCAGGAAGGAAGCGAUUCCGCACACUGGAGAGAUGGGGUGGGUGUUGGUGGAAUCGCCCAGUUAUUGGGAGCGGGAUUUCUCGAGAUGUCCCGAUAUAUACUGAAUUGGUGUAUACGCGUACUGGAUUGUGAGUUACAUCUGAUCGUAGGAGGAAAACAAUCAUUCGACGCUAUCUGUAGAGUUUGCAAUGUAAUUACAAUUAUUAUGGAGUGUAGAGUUGGCUAUCUUGUGUUUUAAUUGAGUUGUGUGAUAUGCAUGCCAUUGACCCUCUGGUAUAUGUUGAUUAGGUAGGUACAGUAGUUAGUAAGGGAAUGGA